ACUCUCAGGCCUCCUUGAUGCAUGAUUUGACAUCUCUGAUCCAUCCCUGAGUGAUUCCUUACAGGACCGUGUGGUACAAUAAAGGAGCUCACAGUGCCGGAGGAAGAUGCUGCAGAUGAAGCUGGGAAAAUGCUCAGGGAUUCUGAUCUAGCAGCUGAGGUGGAGCAGUGUGACUGGUGUCCUUCAAAUUGAUACACAUCAGUGAAUGCACCUGUAUGAGGGUUGUAAGCCCCACUGUUGGUGAAGACUGUCUUAUAGAAAAGGUCGAUCCAAACAUGUAUCUCAAGGCAGCAUGCAGUGAGAUCCCUGUACCCAGACAGAGAGGGGGGCACAGGCUGGAUUGCUGCCCCAGUUCUGUCCACCAGAGGCAGGGGGCAGGAACCAGGGUGUUCCCCACCAUCGGCUGCCUUCCAAGAGGCAUCGGAGCCAGCAGAGGUCGAGAGCAGAGGAGUUUGGAGGAGUUUCUCCAUGUUCACGGCCAUUUUGUCCAGGGAUCUACCCAAUCUUGUGCCAACAUGGUCUACAGGUGGAGCCAGACCUGCGCAGGAUCCCCGUCUCUUCUCCUCACACACUGACAACUGCUCGCCGGUCAAUCCCUGAGCGGGACUGCACCUCUGCUAUGCCCUCGCUUAUCUAAACAUUGGCUUGAGAUUCUCCUGCCAGAGCAGCCGAAGCAAAAGAAGACCAAGCAGACUCCCCUCUUCUGCCAGUGACCUCCAUGUGAGAUUCAGCAGCGCCAGACCAGACCGGCCCAGAUCACUGUCUUUCAACCUCAAAUAAGUUGGACAACAUCACAACCUGAGUGUUCUGGUGACAGGAAAGGACUGAUACUUUUUUUUUUAGUUUUGUUUUUGGCAAACCUUGCUGAGCCCAGCUCCAGCAGCCUCUGAACCCCCCCAGCAGCCAUGCAGGUGUCCUUUGCGUGCACGGACCAUGGGCUGAAGGCCCCUCGUAAUGGUGAGCACAGCAAGCAGAAUGCCACCAGUCCCAACUCAGCCAGCCAGGCCCGGGCCCGCUUCCGCACUGUGGCCCUGAUAGCACGCAGCCUGGGCUCCUUCACCCACCGCUACCACCACAACCUGAAGGAGUCCACCGCCAAGCUCACCGGCAUGAAAUACCGGAACCUGGGGAAAUCUGGAUUGCGUGUUUCCUGUCUGGGGCUCGGCACAUGGGUAACAUUUGGAGCUCAGAUCUCAGAUGAGGUGGCGGAGCAGCUGAUGACCAUCGCCUAUGAGAGCGGGGUCAACCUUUUCGACACGGCUGAGGUCUACUCUGGGGGGAAAGCAGAGAUAAUCCUGGGAAACAUUAUCAAGAAAAAGUGCUGGAGGAGAUCCAGCCUGGUGAUCACCACAAAGCUCUACUGGGGAGGAAAAGCAGAAACGGAGAGAGGACUCAACAGAAAACACAUCAUUGAAGGUUUGAAGGGCUCCCUCCAGAGGAUGCAGUUGGAGUAUGUUGAUGUGGUUUUUGCCAAUCGGCCAGACAGCAACACUCCCAUGGAGGAGAUAGUGAGAGCGAUGACACAUGUGAUAAACCAGGGCAUGGCCAUGUACUGGGGCACAUCACGGUGGUCUGCCAUGGAGAUCAUGGAGGCGUACUCUGUGGCCCGACAGUUUAAUCUAAUUCCUCCGGUGUGCGAGCAAGCCGAGUAUCACUUCUUCCAGAGGGAGAAAGUGGAAACACAGCUGCCAGAGCUCUACCACAAGAUAGGCGUGGGAGUGGUGUCUUGGUCCCCCCUGGCCUGUGGAAUCAUCACUGGCAAGUAUGAGAACGGAGUCCCAGAAUCCUCCAGGGCCUCGAUGAAGCCAUACCAGUGGUUGAGGGAGAAGAUAAUGAGUGAGGAUGGGAGAAAACAGCAGGCCAAGCUGAAGGAGCUCACUCAUAUUGCUGAGAAGCUCGGAUGUACUUUACCACAGCUAGCCAUAGCCUGGUGCCUGAGGAACGAGGGAGUGAGCUCAGUGCUGCUGGGAUCCUCCAAUCCAACCCAGCUAACAGAGAACCUGGGAGCCAUUCAGGUAAUUCCAAAGAUGACAGCAGGAAUCGCCUCGGAAGUGGAUCAUAUAUUGGGCAAUCGCCCUCACAACAAAAGGGACUAUCACCAUUAGGAUGAAUCCCUUUUUGAGAACUAUGCUCAAAUGCUGAUCAAAGCGCAGUCCUCACAGCCAUGGCACAAUAAAUACGUGCCCAACUUUGCUUGUGUGAGCGUAUGACUGUGUGUGUGAGACUGUGUCAGGUGUUCUGCUUGGCUCUUUGUUCCUAUGAAGAUCAACCAGUACUCAUUAUUGUAAAUCGAGCUCCUUGAUAAAGCAUGCAUGCUACAGCUAUCUCAGCCAACCACUGAAACCAAUCUAACCAACAGUUAGAUGAUCCGAUGUGAUUGUUACGGAUGUGCAAUUCUCUUCUGCUCCAAAAACUGUGUAGAGACUCCUGAUCCACAAAUCCACAGCAGCAAAAGAUUAGAUUAUUAGCUGUGAAUAAUAUUUCACAGAUGACUGUGCAGCUAUACUCAAAUGACAAUAGCAUGGACCAUUUUCUGUUCUGGAGAAGGACGUGCAGGUUGGGGGUUCGAUGUAGUGAAACAAGAAAUCUUUAGAGGCACUUAUGUCCAAAGCGUCCCAUACGCUGGGGGCAGUGCAGUCCCUGUAUGUGAUAAAGGAGGAGAUGCACUAGACUGUACUCAGUGUACCAGAAAUCUAGCUUUUUAGAUGUUUGUGAUGUGUGCAAAAACUCAAUAUGAUGUUCAACUGGGCCGGAUUGCAGUAGGCUGGAUAAUUUGCCAACACCAUCCCUUGUAACUGGAGCUGACUUGUCAACAUGAUGAAUUGUUUCAAUAUGGGAUGGCCUGAAAAUCUACUCCUAAUCAUGUUGCUAAUGCCAAGAGAGCUACGUUUAACUGAAAAAUAUUUCAAAGCAUCUGUAUUGACUGUUAUCUAUUUUCCUUUAUAAGCAGCUAUGUAUGUCAGAUUAAGCAUUUUCAUCUCCUCAUAUAUCAAGAUUUUCAUUUUUUAUGAUGCAUAAGUUCAGUCCAGUGUACUUUCCUAUUGUGUCCCUUAAACCCAUUUUAAUUUGGACUGUGCCAGACUUUCUGUCAAUGAUAAUAAUGUCUUAUGCAUUUAAUUUGGGUUUGUGUUGUGGCUAAAACAUUUGUCUAGUCAAAGUUGGGGAAAUGUCUGUGUCCUCGGGGUAGCCUGAGGAUUUUAUAAACAAAGCCAUGUAGCUAAUGAAGAGCCUAACUAAAAAUAAAACCCUUAGGAACCAUAUCCAGCCAUGUAUUGUUGGUGUUGUUCAUCACAUUUGUACAUACAAAUAAAUAACUUGAAGCCUA